CACAAGCAGGGAGUUCUUCUCUAGAGGCUCCAGACUGUAAUGCCAACUCUGAUUGACUUUGGACAGAACAAGGGCAGCAUUUAUCCAUUCUGUUCACUGCUAGACUGCCUAGAGCAGGUUCUGUUUCACGCAGACAAAAGAGUGUGGACGAAAACACAAACCUUUUGGGAUUAACGCUCACAGCAGCAGCACCGAUGCUAACAGCGCUCCCGGACACAAGGAGGAGAGGAAGCAUGAAGCUCAGCAGUCACAAACUGCCCUGGAUGGUACAGGCUCUGUUGUACGGCACCUGUGUGCUGACCCUGGUCAACUCCGGGGGGUUGUUCGUGCUCCUGGUCCAGCAGACCCAGCUGUCUGCGCGGCUGGUCCAGGCGGAGGGCCGGCUGCAGGAGAUCUCCGAGAGCUCCGUGGUGGAGUUCCUGUCUCAGGUCAGGGGCCCAGAGGACCAGGAGGAACAGUACCAGAGCUCCCGCAACAAGAGGAGCCAGGAACUACACCAUGCCCAGGAAGAACUACUCCACGCUCAAGAACUCCCCCGUGGACAAGCGAUACACAGAGCUGAGCAGCAAGGGGAUAUGAUGAUGAUGAUGACCUACUCCAUGGUGCCAGUAAAAGUCCUACUAGAUCUCUGCAACAGCACAAAAGGAGUCUGCCUCACUGGACCUCCAGGACCACCAGGUUUGCCUGGUGCGGAUGGACUGCCUGGUUCCAACGGGACAGAUGGAUUAUCAGGACCUAAAGGAGAGCCCGGGGUGGAGGGAAGACGAGGGAAAAGAGGUCCUCCAGGUGAGAAGGGAGAGCCAGGAGAGCCAGGAGAGAAGGGUGAGAAGGGAGAGAAAGGAGACUCCGGACCACCAGGGGAAAAAGAAGAGGCCUCUAACGAUGUCAUUUUGGAAGGUCCACCAGGUCCACCUGGCCCCGCGGGGCCCCCAGGUCCGAUGGGACCCCCUGGUCCUGCUGGCCCUCAAGGACCGUCCAGAAACAGAACCCACCGCGCUCACCAACACGUAGCUCAGAAAUCUUUGGGAUUAUUCCACGCUAUUCCAAAUGACUCGACUGGCAAAGAGGGAACAAAAGAAAAACAAUCAGCGGUGAAGAAAAAAGAAUGCUUCAUCAGAGCACUUGGCAAACCGGAGAGCAUUACCAAGAUGUGGAGCACAUUUGGAGCCUGGAUGAAAGACACAGCUGUGCCUGACGAUGAACGGAUCUGGGUGGCAGACCACUUUUCUGGUCGAACUAUGCGGGCAUACAAGAACAUUGCAGCAUUCCAGAACAGCAGUAGUGAUAGCAUCGAUGUUGGGAAAUUCUUUCAAGGCUGUGGUCACAUUGUACAUGGUGGCUCAAUAUAUUACCACAUUGCUGGCACUGUCAAUAUUGCCAAAUAUGAGCUUCAAACCAAAAGGUUACACACCCUGUCCAUUGAAAAUGCACUGUACCACAAUCUAUCGUACCUGCUGCACAACUCCAAGACUUACUUCAAAGUGGCGUCCGAUGAGAACAGCCUGUGGCUCAUCUUCGCGUCCAGCCUCGACGACACCAUCAUGGUGGCUCAGCUCGACGAGAAAACCUUUUCCGUCUCGGCGUACAUCAACACCAGCUACCCCAGGACCAAGGCUGGAAAUGCCUUCAUUGCGUGUGGGGUUCUCUACCUCACCGACACCAAAGACAGCAGGGUGGCCUACGCCUUCGAUCUCCUGAAGGGUAAACCUGUCAAUGUCAGUUUUGAUCUCAGAUCACCCAUUGGCAUUCUGGCCAUGAUCUCGUACAUGCCUCAAGAAAAACUUCUGUUUGUUUGGGAUAGCAGCUAUGUGAAAUCAUACAGAGUGCAUUUCCUCUCUGAUGAAUGAGAGAUUAUAAUGGGCUAAAUGAUCGUUAGAAUGGGCUAAAGUAAUCGUUAGUAACACAUUUAAACACCAUUUUUGUGUCCCUAUCAUUUUGAUGUGCUCAGCUGAAGAGGUUUGUGUGCUGUGUAUUAUGUGCACUGUUUUCAUUUUGUGCUUUUAUAUUGUGAAGUUUCAUUAUAUGCUCAUUAUCAUUAUACACUGGUAUGUUCUAUUCUUGCAAUGCAGCCCUAUUCCCACCCCCACCCCACCCCCGGUGUACUGUGAAUCCCAUCAGUGUUAAUGUAUACUAUUAAAUUAUGUUCAUUUGUCAAA